AAAAAAAAAAAAAAAAAAGAAACAUAAUAAAUAAAGUCACAAUGGCUUCUUCUUCUUCUUCGAAACUCUUCACUCCCCUCCAAGUCGGGCACAUGCAGCUCGCCCACCGCAUCACCAUGGCCCCGUUAACCCGCUUCCGAAACGAUGACGACCAUGUGCCCCUUCCCAUCGUGAAGGAGCACUACGAACAGCGCGGAUCCGUCCCCGGAACCCUGCUCAUCACCGAGGCCACCCUCAUCUCCCCGCGCGCCGGCGGCUUCGCCAACGUCCCCGGCAUCUGGAGCGAGGCGCAGAUCGCCGCCUGGCGCACCGUCACUGACGCCGUGCACGCCAAGGGCUCCUACAUCUUCAUGCAGCUCUGGGCGCUGGGCCGGGUCGCCAACCCGACCAACCUGCAGAACGACGGCUACGACCUCGUCUCCAGCAGCGCCGUGCCCGCCACGCCGGAGGGCCCUGCGCCCCGGGCCUUGACCGAGGACGAGAUCCACGACUACAUCCGCGACUACGCGCAGGCGGCGCAGAACGCCAUUGCGGCUGGGUUCGACGGGGUCGAGAUCCACGGCGCGAACGGGUACCUGAUUGACCAGUUUACGCAGGAUACGGCCAACCAGCGCACGGAUGGCUGGGGCGGCAGUGUCGAGAACCGCGCGCGGUUCGCGCUGGAGGUCACCCGGGCUGUGACGGAGGCCAUUGGUGCCGAGAGGACGGGCAUCCGCUUCAGUCCCUUCAGUACCUUCCAGGGGAUGCGCAUGGCGGACCCCGUCCCGCAGUUCGAGUAUCUGGCGCGCAAGACGAAGGAGUUCAAGCUGGCGUAUGUGCAUCUGGUCGAGCCGCGCAUUGCAGGUAACACGGAGGUCGAGGAGCCCACCGCUGACUCGUUGGAUUUCUUCUUCCGUGCUUACGAGAACGCGGGCCCUAUCAUGGUGGCCGGCGGGUAUAAGGCGGAGUCGGCCAAGGAGGCUGUUGACUCGCUCUACAAGGACUAUGAUACCCUUGUUGCUAUGGGACGGCCCUUUACCUCGAACCCGGAUUUGCCUUUCAAGGUCAAGGCGGGCAUUCCUUUGAGGGAUUAUGAGAGGGAGAAGUUCUAUCUGGUUAAGGAUCCGAAGGGAUACACUGAUUAUGAGUUUAGCGAGGAGUUCAAGUCUGUGCAGGUUGCUGCUUGAUCUCGUUUUCUUUGCUUUUCUUUUCUUUUUUUUAUCUAACUUUUUUUUUGAUGUUUACUUGCAUUCCAUUGCUGUGCAUUAUCAGGCGUUUGACUAGGUUAGAAGGCAUGGACUAUAGAUGGGAUUGUACAUACAUAAUCUAUCAUUGCAUAUAACCCAUUUUGUUCAUCUUGAAUCCGGAUUGGCUUUUGCUCUCAGCAGGAACUGCAGUAGAUGUCGUCAUUAUAUAUGGUCAGAGGCCAGUGACCCAGUUUGCAUCACACUGUAAACAAGCAACACAGAAGAUGAGGUACUUACACAGUGCUCUACUAGAGAACCGUACAAGGUUAUAAAGAGGCCCGUCUUCUGAUCUUACCUUCCAUAUACCAAAAUAAGGGUCUACAAUGCAAUUGAAUCAUCGAUAUAUGUGUUCUGCUAUGCUCUGGGCACUGUAGCAGACAUUACA